GGUGCCUUCACUGACCCUUGGUUAUUAGAGUGUCCCUCAGUGGACGUGCACACCAAAAGCGCGUGGGAGUUUCUUUUCGUUCUUCUUCGUUUUUUAAGAUUCCGCUUAGCGUCUAUACACUUCCGCGUUGUGUGUCCGCUGAGGAGGAAGUCUGAAGUGGGGCCGAUGGGCGGCAUCCGUCUGUCUUGUGACCGUUUCGAGGCGCUAGUGCCCGGGUGAAAGUCUCCACACAAGCUAGUGCUCCGACUUUAGCUCUCGAGGAAGGCUGUGACUCGUUCGCGUCUGUUCGUGACUCUCUGACUGUGACUGUCGGGUGCCGUCACGGGGAAGUCGUCGCCAUUCCGAUGCCAGGUGGUGGGAUGGAACAUUGGAGGCUAACUAACUAGCCACUGCGGCACUCGGACGUCAGGAUGCCAGCAGGAGUUUGUGGCUGCUGCGGGCCUCUGAGGCCUCGCUACAAACGUCUGGUAGACAACAUCUUCCCUGAGGACCCCAAGGAUGGUCUGAGCAAGUCGGACAUGGAGAAGCUGACCUUCUAUGCUGUGUCUGCUCCAGAGAAGCUAGAUCGCAUCGGGGCAUACCUGGCAGAGCGUCUCAGCCGCGACGUGGUGCGCCAUCGCUACGGAAAUGUGGUGAUUGCCAUGGAGGCUCUGGAUCAGCUGCUGAUGGCGUGCCACUCGCAGAGCAUCAAGCCCUUUGUGGAGAGCUUCCUGCACAUGGUGGCCAAGCUACUGGAGUCCAGAGAACCAGACCUACAAGUUCUGGGGACCAACUCGUUUGUGAAGUUUGCCAACAUUGAGGAAGAUACUCCAUCUUACCAUCGCCGCUACGACUUCUUUGUGUCUCAGUUCAGCGCCAUGUGCCACUCCACCCACGAAGACCCGGACACCAGGACUAGGAUCCGUGUCGCUGGUAUUAAAGGGCUCCAGGGUGUGGUUCGGAAAACAGUCAAUGAUGAGCUGCAGGCCAUAAUCUGGGAGCCACAACAUAUGGACAAACUCAUCCCUUCCAUGCUCUUCAACAUGCAGGAUGGUGAAGACCUGGACAGGGCCGGAGUGGGACAUCCUAGCACGCCAUGCGUGUCUGAUCAGGAUGUUGACGAGAACCCCUCCACACUGGCAGAGAGCUGCUUCAGAGAACUACUGGGACGUGCCGCCUACGGAAAUAUGAACAAUGCUGUGGAACCAGUGCUGGUGCACCUGGACAACCAUCACCUGUGGGACCCCAACGAGUUUGCUGUUUCCUGCUUUAGGAUCAUCAUGUACUCCAUUCAGGCGCAGCACUCUCACCAUGUCAUCCAGCAGGUCCUGGGCCACCUGGAUACCCACAGCAAAAACACCCCCAGGGUACGCGCAGGCAUUGUACAAGUGCUGCUGGAGACAGUGGCUAUUGCAGCCAAAGGCUCUGUGGGUCCCACGGUGCUGGAGGUGUUCAACACGCUGCUCAAACACUUGAGGAUGAGUGUGGACCUCGAGCUAGGCGAGAGUUCCCGCAGAAACUCAGCUUGCAGCUCCACAUCAGCAGGCCGUGGCAAGGAGAGCGACGAGCGCAUUGUGCAGAAUGCAAUCAUUCAGACAAUUGGAUUCUUUGGUGGUAAUCUCCCCGACUACCAGAGAGCUGAGGUGAUGAUGUUCAUCAUGGGAAAGGUGCCAGUCUAUGGGACACCUUGUCACACACUGGACACUGUUAAGAUUGGGCAUCAGGGGACCAAGAGGAUCCAGACCAUGCUGCUCAGUUCCCUCAUCAUGGUUACAUCAGGUUUCAAGUCCAAGUCAAUGUCAGCUGCUCUACCGUCUCCCUUCCUGGACCCACUCUUCUCCAUCUCGCUCAUGGAGGACAGCGAGCUGCGUCAACUUGUCCUCGAGAUCCUGCAUAACAUCAUUGACAGACAUGACAACCGCGCCAAACUCAGAGGCAUCAGAAUCAUCCCCAAUGUGGCGGCUCUAAAGAUCAAAAGAGAGAAGAUUUCCAAACAGGAUGUGGCCUUCAUGAAAAAGCAUGGCCAGCAACUGUACCGCCACAUCUACCUGGGCUGCAAGGAAGACGACAAUGUGCACAAGAACUUUGAGCUGCUGUUCACCACGCUCGCCAUCCUCACCAUUGAGCUGGCCAACGAGGAUGUCGUAGUUGAGCUUGUGCGCCUCGCCGUCGCGCUGCAGGACAUGGCUCUGUCCACGGAGGAGAAUUUGUCCAUGUGGCUGCGCUGUGGCGUGUUGGCCUUGGUAGCGGCGUACCUUAACUUCCUUGGCCAGAUGAUUGCUAACACCACCUUCUGCCAGCACGUCAGCAAGGUGAUCGAGCUCAGGAACAUGGAUGCUCCCUACCUACUCCCAGAGCAUGUCUUCAGGGACAAGUGCUCGCUUCCCGACUGUUUGGACAAGGAUGACGCGGCGUUGUUCUUCCAGAGCGCAGACAUGGCCGACAGUCUGGCGGGGUCGGGAUACAACGCGGACAGACUCAACGUUCCAUACGUCCCGCAGGUCACAGAUGAAGAGCGCCUGUCCAGGAGGAAGAGUUUUGUGGACACCAUCUCGCUGCAGGUGGACAUAUUGCCCAACAGCCUGCCAGACAAGUCACUGUUGGCUGAGGAGAUCACCUUUGAGACCCUGAAGAAAGCCAUUGACACAAGUGUCCUAGAGGAUCAAGAGCGUGAGCGCCGUCGCCAGGUGAUGGAGAAAUUCCAGAAAGCUCCGUUUGAGGAGAUCGCGGCACACUGCGAGUCCAAGGCCAACAUGCUUCAUGAACGUUUGGCGCAUAUCUUUGAACUCACCAUCAGACCCCCCCCAAGUCCAUCCGGCGUGGUGUCUGUGUCGUCAGGCCACGCCCAACACCAGUCUGUACCGAUCUACGAGAUGAAGUUUCCUGACCUUUGCGUCUACUGAACAUGGGCUAAAAGAAUCAGAACAUAUUGGCAAUUAUAUCGUCGCCAUGACAUCAUCACGUCAUCGCCUUGGGCUGUACUUUGACUUCGCCGCAAACGUGGUAGAGCAUAGAUUUAAAAGCAUAGACCUAAAAACCUGAUUACAUUGCCGUGUCAGCCAAUCACCAGCUUGAUGCUCACAUGCGCUCUCACGUGCACGCUCUGGUACACGGUGUUCAGUGGCAGCUAGGAAAACAACACUUUAGUCUGUUUAAAAUCGCGUGACACAAACCAAACCAAAGGAAAUGACACGGUUGAAAGGUGAGUUGAGGCUCUUCGUCAGGUUCAGCCCGUUGGUGCCAUGUUUAGUUUUUGAUGGUCUUGAAGGUACAUCAACUUGUAGGCCAGCUCAGUCAAGAACUUUAAAGAAGAACCUUAAAUCACUUUAGACAAGUUUAAAGGUGAACCCAACAUAAAAUAUUUUUAUUUUAAAUGUGCAUAUCUUCAUCAGCUGCUGUUUACUUAAAUCUAUAAAGUAUUUUUUCUUAAGAAGAAAAAACGUUUAAAACAUCGCAUCUGCCUUUAUGUAUUCUCUUUUGGGGGCUGCCAUUUUUAGGUGUUUUAACACUUGUGGGGGUGCAAAUCCUCAAGAAUGUGACAUCUAUUUGCCAGUUCCAGCUUAAUUUCCAGCUUUAUUUACUCAGAAAGCCGUGCAGCAUACUAAAUAUUCAAUAACGACUGGCUUCAUAUCGUCUCUGUCGAGCAAAAUCAUUGUAUUAUAAUUUGCCGCACUACUUUGUGGCUGAAGAGUUCCUAUUGGACCAAAGGAUUGUUGUGAUCCAUUUCUAACAAAACUGGCUUGCUUAAAUAUAUCUAACUUAACGAUUUUCAGUUUUUGUCUGAAAAAUAUCCAGACUUUCAAGACUUGUGGUCUUCAGCUGAUACUUAUUACACCCAACAUGGUGAAAAUCCACCCCCAAUAUUAAUCAAUUUUCCAGCUUUUACUUGUAAAUGUUAGGGUUGGGGAGGGGGGGUCACUAGUUCCCCUUUAAUGAACAGGAAGACAUUUGAUGAACUUUGAAGAACUGUAAAUAACUUCACAGAAUUGUGAAAUAACUUUGAAUCGGUUUGAAUUUUAAAGAUUUAGUGAUGUUUCAUAAUACUUGAAGAACUUUGAAUUUCAACUAAGUACAUCCAAACAAUAUAAUGCCCUAAACUUUGAAUACGUUUACAUUUGAGUGAACUUAAAAUAACUUGAAAUGAAGUUGAGAACCGGAACGAACUUUAAACAACUUUGAGGAGAUUCAGUGGCUUUUGUUGAAAGAGAGUCAAGAAUCCGAAAGGAAUCAGGACUUUAGACUCCCUUAAAGAAUUUGGAAUUUCCAGCUUUAAGGAAAUGAAGAAGUUGAACUUGGAGGUUGUCUCAACAACAGGAAUAAUCUAUCAAGAAUUUUCAUGGGCUGACUAAAUUUAAGAACUUUAUUCAAACAAAGUUAUGUGAACUUUCACGAACUGAAGUGAAUCUUAAAUCACCUGAGAGAAGAAGUCAGAACAACUUUUAAGAAGGGCUCAUGCAUUUUGAUGAGCUUGAAAGAAGUUUAAUUUCAAAGUACCUAAAAUAACUUAAAAAAAUAGCUGCUAAGAAAGUUGUUCAACAUUAGUUUCAUGAACUUUUCACUGAAGCUGCGAGGCGAGAAGGUGAAUGGAAGGAGGAUCUCAUUGGCGUGACGAUACGGACGUUGGAUGUGAGUCGUUUCCAUUUUCUUUUGGAUCUUGGAAUAAAAGAUGGUCUCUAAAUGAAUGUUCAGUCGCUUUAACGUGACAGCCGCACUCCACAUGCAUGAUGCACGGCAGCAGUAAAUGGACCAGCAUAGUUGAUUUUCUAAGUUUGUCUUUGUGGAUUAGCCAUUUUAGCACCGGAUCAUCUAUUUUUCUAUCAUUGCCUGCUACUUCCAUCUUGAUUUUUCUGCAGAUGGCAGGAAGUCUGCUCUCCCGUGUUGACUUACAUCACUUGGUAUUUCCUGAUAAAUGUGCAGUAUUUAGUCCAGUAACAGCAAAUCUAUGUGGACAGAUCUAGAUACUUUGUCAAUUUAGGGUUACGACAGCCUUGUGAGUUGAUUGAGGUUUGGAGUUCAGGAAGCAGUCAAAUCAGGGACGUGCAGUAAGGGGGGGGGCAUCGUACAAAUGAUUCAAAUAAAAUUCUUUUCAAUCUCAGUUCUCGCCUCUGUUCAUUAUUGAUUUUUUUUAACCUAGCAAUGUCCAUUCUUUCAUUGUCGUUUUAAGUAAAUUCCCCGCU